GUGGAUAACUUGACGAGCCCUUGGCACUCAAUACUUAGGGGCUAUGGCUACAGAUGUGAGAAAAGAGGAGCUUGUGCUGCGGCUUCUGGAAGCCAAGCAAAAUGCAGGGAAGAGCUUCAACCAGAUUGCCCAAGAGAUGGGUGUCACGAAUUUAUAUGCUGCUCAAUUGUUUCACCGCCAGGCACCGCUUUGCAGAGCGCAAGCCCAGCGUUUGCAAAUGGCGGUUCCUACACUCUCUGACGAGCUCAUUCGGGCCAUGGAAGCCAUCCCACUUCGCUCACUGGCUCCUGGGAUCAUUCAAGACCCAACAAUCUACAGGUUUCGAGAGGUUAUUGUGCAUUAUUCUGAAACUUUGAGGGCCAUUAUCCAGGAGGAGUUUGGGAACAGAGUCAUGCUAGAAGGUGACUUCAAGUGUGACUUGCAAAAGAUCCAAGGAAAAUAUGGUGAAGAUCGUGUGCUGCUUACAAUGGUUGGAAGCUUUGAGCCCGACGGUAUUGUUCCAACUCCACAAUUCCAAAUCGAAGAAGCCACUGUGGAAGACAUUCAAGAAGCACUGAAAGCAGGAACUCUAACAUCAAAACAGCUGGUGGAGUUUUACAUUGCUCGGAUCACGCGGCUGAAUCCCCAGCUCAAAGCCGUGAUCGAGGUGUCUCCCGAUGCAUUGGAGCUCGCCAAUGAAGCCGAUACUUACAGGAAACAACACGGAGCCGAGAGUUGCAAAGGCUUGCGCGGCAUUCCAAUUCUUCUCAAGGACAAUAUCGCCACGAAGGACAAGCUCCAGACCACGGCUGGAUCUCUGGCUCUGGUCGAUUCCAUUGUUCCAAGAGACGCUGGCGUUGUGAAGAAGUUACGUGACGCCGGUGCGAUCAUCUUCGGCAAAGCCAACCUUAGCGAGUGGAUGUAUUUCAGAUCUACAGAAGCUCCGCAUGGGUGGAGUCCCCGUGGUGGACAAACCAUGAAUCCAUAUGAUCCAGUCCAAACAACUUUCGGUUCCAGCAGCGGCUCCGCAGUCGGAGUUUCUGCAAACAUGGCUACAGUCACUCUCGGGACGGAGACCGAUGGCUCGAUAAUCAACCCGGCCAGUUUUGCUGCAGUCGUCGGGAUCAAGCCCACGGUUGGACUCACGAGCCGAGCGGGAGUGAUCCCGCUCUCGCAUAAUAUGGACUCAGUCGGGCCGAUUUGCAGAACCAUGAAAGAUGCGGUCGAAGUUCUCGACGUGAUCGUUGGUGUAGAUGAUCUCGACAGUGCUACUACUGCCGCGGCUGCAUACAUUCCCAGAGGAGGAUACAAGCAGUUUCUGAAAAGGGAUGGUCUUCGCGGGAAGAGGCUGGGCGUGCUUGCUGGAGAAUACUUUGUCAUCAAAGAUAUUUCUGGUGAUAUGGAGAAACUCUUUUCUCUGGCAAUAGCUAGAGGAGCAGUGAUUGUCAAGGAUCUGGAGCUGCCUAACGCUGAAGAGAUCGUGAGCACAAAGAACGAGGAUCUGGUGCUACAAAUCGAUUUCAAGCAUGAUCUUCAGAAGUAUCUGUCCGAGCUCACCACAAGCAAAGUUCGCAGCCUCGAGGACGUGAUUAGAUUCAACGAGGAACACACAGACCAGAAACUAGAUCGUUUUGGCCAAGAUGUAUUCAUCGAAGCUCAAGCUCGGCAAGAGGAUCAACAGUCGCAAGCAUACAAAGAUGCUCUCGCAAGGAACAAGUUCCUCACGGAGAAUGGGAUCGAUUACUUGCUCCAGACGCACGAUCUCCACGCGCUGGUGGCUCCAACUGCGGUGUCGGCAAUCUCGCUCACAGCAGCCAUCGCCGGAUAUCCUGCCAUUUCGAUCCCCGCAGGCUACGCUCCUCCCACCGGUUUUCCAUUUGGGAUUUGCUUCCUGGGAAACAAAGGCUCCGAGGGUGUUCUUAUCGAGAUAGCAUACGCUCUAGAGCAAGCCAGUAACAUUAGACAUCCACCACCUUUAUAAGAAUAACAUAUAACUGACUUAACUAGUUUUCGUUCCACAGCAGCGGGAACAGCAGUGGCCGUUCGUUUGAUUUUACACUGUGGAUACUUACAAAUAUACUUGGUAUAAAGUUUAGGGUU